AUGGACGAGGGGCAGUUUAGUCGAGAGGCAUGGGUGGACAGUUGGUAUAUAUCAGUGUAUGCUAGUGUGUAUGCCAGUCUAAAAGCAUACGCCUCGGACCCGUCUAGCUAUCCGGCCUCGAUACCAGAGGCCAAAGUGAUGGAUAGAGGAGGGGGAAUUUGGUGUCAGGGGGCUGGGUCCGUCCGGGAAUGGGAGGCCUCGAUAAGUUGUCACCUUUUGGCCGCGCUGAUGGAGUCUCUUCUCUCGCCGGUCUCAAAACCAACAUUGUCUCGGCGUCGCCUCACAGUUUGCUCUUUCCUUUUCCCUCUUUCCCCCGCCCGUUCCAUCCACAUUUCUCUACCUCUCCCUCUCCCUCUCCCUCUCUCUUUCUCUCUAUCUCCUCUUCGUCGCAUCCUCGUUCUCUCCUCCACCGGCAGGCCCGGCCACCUCUGCAACCGGCUCAUCAAUUUGCCCCACCGGUUUCCCGUUUAG